AUGGCUACCCCCAGUGUCCUUACCUUUGAUGCUGAGGGUCGUGCUGUUGACUUUGAGGUCUGGGUCGAUGACCUCCAGCUCUUCCUACAGUGCUAUAGGGCAGACGGACUCUCCAUGUUUGAUCUCACCUCUGGUGCCUCUCCUGCCCCGCCUGCUACUGCUGACAGCACUGUUCGCUCACAUAGGGCCACACGCGAUGCUGCUGCCCGUCUUGCUGUGCGUCGCCACUUACCGACCGCUGAGCGUGCGCACUUUAGUCAGUACAAGAGUGCUAAGACCUUGUACGACGCUGUAGUUGCACGCUACUCUUCCCCUGCCACUGCUGCUCUUAGCCGCCUCAUGCUGCCGUACCUGUUCCCUGACCUUGCUGCCUUUCCCACAGUCGCUGACCUCAUUACGCACCUUCGCACUAGUGACACUCGCUACCGCGCUGCGCUUCCUGCUGAGUUCUGUGCCAAGAACCCUCCCCCCAUGUACAUCACCCUCUACUACAUAGUCACCCGACUCCCUGACUCCCUUCGCUUAGUCAAGGACCACUUCCUCUCAGUUUGCCCCACCAUACUCACCGUUGACCUCCUCGAGGAGCGCCUCCUAGCAGCAGAGAAGAGUAUAGUCGCUGUAGGAGCCUCUCGUGGUGACCCUCGUACCCCCGUCUUUGAGGGGUGUUCCCCCUCCCCCCUCUUGCUUCUGCUGCUGCGGCCGACCUCAUUGGUUUCGAGUCGGUCGGCGCUGCGUCUGCCCCUAGCGGGAGACGCCGCACAGGCAAGGGCAAGGGGGGCAAGGGCGCUGGAGGGGCUGGCGGGGGCGGUGGAGGUGGCGGUGGAGGCAGUGGAGGGGGUGGGGGUGGUGGUGGGAGUGGUGGCGGGGGUGGAGGUGUCGGUGGCAGCAGUGGAGGCGGAGGAGGCGGCGGCGGUGGCGAUGGGAGCGGAGGCGGCGGCGGUGGAACUGGUCGCGGCUCUGCACAGAGGAGUGGCUCCGGUGGUGGUCAGCGCCAGCAGCAGCAGCGCACUCAUGAGACCACGUCCCCCCAGCAGCUUCGUGAGUGGUGCGCUGCGCGUCAGCGAGCUGUCUAGGGCGGGGGUUGCUAUCUUUGAUCUUGACUAUGAUGCUAUUCUUGCUGCCAUGUAUGCUGUGUCUGCUAGAGAUGAGGGUGACUGUUACCUGUGUGUUCCGCUUGACCCGAGCAUUGAGGCUGCUGCUCUAGGUGCUGGUGAGGCUGCUCCUCUAGGUGCUAGUGCGUGUGCUGCCCCAGGUGCUGGUGAGUCUGCUCUCUCAGGUACCACCCCCCUCUGGCACCCUGUCAAGUCUCUACCUCCCCUUGUUCUCUACGAACUUGGUGAGUGGUGCUGA